AUGGAUGAAGAUAAGCCUGGGAAACAAAAUGAUGCUGCUGUCUUACCUUGGCCUUUGGAAACAAGGGGAGUUAUUGGGAAGGAAACAGGGGGAGCAACUAUACCUGAAUCUAAUGAUCCUCCUUGUGAUCCUCCUGGUCAUUAUCAUCCUGUGUCUCCUAUAACUAAUGUGCUUCCUCUAUCUCUGGUUCUUCUCGUCUCUCUUAUUAAGGAAGCUUUUGAGGACUGGAAGCGUUUUCAAAAUGACAUGUCCAUAAACAAUAAUAUGAUAGAUGUUUUGCAAGAUCAAAAGUGGGAGUCUAUGCCCUGGAAAAAGUUGCAGGUUGGAGACAUUGUCAAGGUAAAGCAGGAUGGAUUCUUUCCUGCAGAUCUGCUUUUCAUGGCUAGUACAAAUGCAGAUGGUGUCUGCUACAUUGAGACCGCUAAUUUGGAUGGGGAAACCAAUUUGAAGAUUAGGAAAGCAUUGGAAAAGACUUGGGAUUACCUGACUCCAGAGAAGGCUUCUGAGUUUAAAGGUGAAGUUGAAUGUGAACAACCAAACAAUUCAUUGUAUACCUUUACUGGAAAUCUUAUAACUCAAAAGCAAACACUGUCUCUCAAUCCAAACCAAAUUUUGUUGCGAGGGUGCAGUCUCAGGAAUACAGAGUAUAUUGUUGGGGUUGUUAUUUUUACGGGACAUGAAACAAAGGUUAUGAUGAAUGCAAUGAACGUUCCUUCCAAAAGAAGUACAUUGGAGAGGAAGCUAGACAAGCUCAUACUCACUCUAUUUGGAACUCUCUUUAUGAUGUGCUUUAUUGGGGCCAUAGGCAGUGCUAUCUUUGUAAACAAAAAAUAUUUUUACUUACAUCUUGAUUCAUCGGAAGAGGGCUCAGCACAGUUCAACCCUAGAAACAGAUUUUUGGUUUUUCUUCUGACUAUGUUUACCCUUAUCACACUAUACUCAACAAUCAUCCCCAUUUCACUUUAUGUGUCUAUAGAGAUGGUAAAGUUUAUUCAGUCAACUCAAUUUAUCAACAAGGACUUGUGCAUGUACCAUAAAGAAACUAAUACACCUGCAUUGGCCAGAACUUCAAACCUGAAUGAAGAGCUUGGGCAGGUGGAAUACAUUUUCUCUGACAAAACCGGGACUCUGACAAGAAACUUAAUGGAGUUCUUCAAGUGUUCAAUUGGAGGAGAGGUCUAUGGAAAUGGUGAGACUGAAAUUGAGAGGGGAAUAGCAGAGCGCAAUGGCAUGAAAAUUGAGGAAAAUAGAUCACCCAAUGCAGCGCAAGAGAGGGGUUUUAAUUUUGAUGAUGCUAGGCUUAUGAGAGGUGCUUGGAGGAAUGAGGCUAAUCCUGAUGUCUGCAAGGAAUUCUUCAGAUGCCUUGCUAUUUGCCAUACUGUACUUCCCGAAGGUGAAGAGUCCCCUGAGAAGAUCAGAUAUCAAGCUGCAUCACCUGAUGAGGAAGCUUUGGUUAUUGCUGCGAAGCACUUUGGUUUCUUCUUCUACAGACGCACACCUACAACGAUAUAUGUUCGUGAAUCUCAUGUUCAGAAGAUGGGCCAAAUUCAAGAUGUGUCUUAUGAGAUUUUAAAUGUGCUUGAGUUUAAUAGUACAAGGAAACGUCAGUCUGUUGUAUGUCGUUAUCCAGAUGGGAGGCUUUUACUAUACUGUAAGGGUGCUGAUACUGUAAUCUAUGAAAGACUCGCUGAUGGUAAUAAUGAUAUCAAGAAAGUGACUAGGAAUCAUUUGGAACAAUUUGGAUCUGCUGGACUACGUACAUUAUGCCUGGCCUACAAAGAAUUGCAUCCUGAUGUCUAUGAAAGCUGGAAUGAGAAGUUUAUCCAGGCCAAGUCUUCUCUACAUGAUCGUGAAAAGAAAUUAGACGAGGUGGCAGAACUUAUUGAGAAUGAUCUCAUUUUGAUUGGUAGCACUGCCAUAGAAGACAAGCUUCAAGAGGGAGUACCAGCUUGCAUAGAGACUCUCCAAAGAGCUGGUAUUAAAAUUUGGGUUCUUACAGGGGACAAGAUUGAAACAGCAAUAAACAUAGCGUAUGCAUGCAGUUUAAUAAACAAUGAGAUGAAGCAAUUUGUUAUCAGUUCAGAAACUGAUGCAAUUAGAGAAGUUGAAGAUAGGGGUGACCAAGUGGAAAUUGCACGAUUUAUUAAAGAAGAAGUGAAAAAAGAGCUGAAGAAGUGUCUUGAGGAAGCAGAGAGCUAUUUUCAUACUCUAUCUGGACCAAAAUUAGCACUUGUGAUUGAUGGAAAAUGUCUAAUGUAUGCAUUGGAUCCAAGUUUAAGAGUGAUGCUGCUGAAUCUAAGUUUGAAUUGUCAUGCUGUUGUUUGCUGCCGAGUUUCUCCUCUACAAAAAGCACAGGUCACAAGUAUGGUCAAGAAAGGUGCACGAAAAAUAACACUUAGUAUUGGUGAUGGAGCCAAUGAUGUUAGCAUGAUUCAAGCUGCUCAUGUUGGUGUUGGCAUAAGUGGGAUGGAGGGAAUGCAAGCUGUGAUGGCUAGCGAUUUUGCCAUUGCACAGUUUCGUUACCUUGCAGAUUUGCUUCUUGUUCAUGGCCGGUGGUCAUAUCUGCGAAUAUGCAAGGUGGUGUUAUACUUUUUUUACAAGAAUCUCACGUUUACUCUUACUCAGUUUUGGUUUACUUUUCAAACUGGAUUUUCUGGUCAGAGAUUUUAUGAUGAUUGGUUUCAGUCAUUAUUUAAUGUUAUCUUUACAGCACUGCCAGUGAUCAUUGUUGGACUAUUUGACAAGGAUGUUAGUGCAUCACUAUCAAAGAAAUAUCCUGAACUAUACAUGGAGGGAAUAAGAAAUGUCUUCUUCAAAUGGAGAGUUGUGGCUAUAUGGGCCUUUUUUUCUGUAUACCAGUCUCUAAUAUUCUACUUUUUUGUCAGUUCGUCAAGUUUAAGUGCUAAAAACUCAGCAGGAAAGAUAUUUGGACUCUGGGAUGUCAGUACAAUGGCCUUCACAUGUGUUGUAAUAACCGUCAACUUGCGACUAUUUAUGAUUUGUAAUUCGAUCACAAGAUGGCACUAUAUUAGUGUUGGUGGAAGUAUAUUAGCCUGGUUUAUUUUUAUUUUUAUAUACUCAGGGAUUACCACUCCUUAUGAUCGACAGGAGAAUAUUUAUUUUGUCAUAUAUGUCUUGAUGAGUACAUUCUAUUUCUACCUCACACUAGUUCUUGUUCCUGUUGCUGCUCUUUUCUGUGACUUUGUUUACCAAGGGGUUCAAAGAUGGUUCUUUCCCUAUGAUUAUCAGAUUAUUCAAGAAAUGCAUAGACAUGAGCUUGAUAACACUGGUAGGGCACAGCUGCUAGAGAUCGGGAACCAGCUUACACCAGCUGAGGCAAGGAGCUAUGCAAUAUCUCAACUCCCACGUGAGCUAUCAAAGCACACCGGGUUUGCUUUUGAUUCACCUGGGUACGAAUCCUUUUUUGCUGCACAGCUUGGUGUUUAUGCCCCACCAAAGGCAUGGGAUGUUGCAAGACGAGCUAGCAUGAAAUCACGGCCAAAGAUUGGGCAUAAAAAGUAAUUUGUUGUAGGAUGAUUGUACAUUUCGUUAGUUUUGGUUUUCCAUUUUGAGAGCCAGCCCUAGGAAUUCUGUAAAAUUAGAAUGUGCCAUAUAAAAUAUUUGGUUAUUUUCAUUUUUAGUAUAUAUUGUGUUGUUUCUUUUGGGGAAUUAGAGCAGGUUUUCAGGAUUCUUAGAUGUACAU